AUGUGCCUCUUCAGCCACAUUCUGGACAGCGAGGAUGGGCAGCUGAAGAGGACAGGGCAUUCCCAGCAGCAGCAGGAGAAAUGUGACAGGUCCCCCGGAGGAGCUCCUGCCAAGUGCGAGGACACCCUAGGGAAGAGACUGAGGGACCAGUCACUGGAGUCCGAGGGUCCAAGGCCCCAAGGUCUGCUGCCCAUGCAGCUCCUGCUGCCUGUCUUCAUGGCCGCCGUGCCUGCCCACCACUGUGCCCUGCCUGGUGCCCCCGCCAGCCUCACUCACCAGGACUUGUGGCUAGAGGCCCAUCUACCGGAGACUGAUGGCAGCUUUAGUCCCUGCCUCCUCCGCUUUGCCCAUCCCCAGGCUGUCCCCAAUACCACCUUGGGGACAGAGACACACAGCUCUGGGGACCCCGAGGGGGAACCAUCCACAGUGCCCUGCUCUCAGGGCUGGGAGUACGACCACUCAGAAUUCUCUUCCACCCUUGUAACUGAGGUGCCUGAGCCGGGGGGUGAGGGGGGUGCGGGAUCUGUGUGCGAGCGGAGAGGACUGGACACAAUCACGUCCACCUGCUUCUCCAUCGGCAUGAUUCUGGGGGCUGUGGUGUAGACACUUGUCUGACAGGCGAGACGGCACAAGCCCAUGGGACCUGACCUGGCAUGGCUGGUGCCGGCGUCUGCUGGUGGCCUAUGUGCGCUCCCUGCGCUCAUGUUUGCUGUCACCUGAGCUCUCACUGGCUCAGCCCUGGCUGGUUUCACCAUCACUGUGUUGCCACUGGAGCUGGAGUGGCUGGGUGUGGAACACCGCACCGUGGCUGGGGUCAUCAGUACCAUCUUCUGGACGGGAGGUGUGCUGCUGCUGGCACUAGUUGGGUACCUGAUACGGGACUGGCGGUGGCUUCUGCUAGCUGCCACCCUGCCAUGUGUCCCAGGCGUCAUCAGCAUCUGGUGGGUACCUGAGUCUGCACGAUGGCUUCUAACCCAGGGCCAUGUGCAGGAGGCCCAAACAUACUUGAUCCGCUGUGCCGAGCUGAAUGGGUGGUCUGUGGGUGAGGGCAGCCUGGACAAGGAGGCCCUGAACAAAGCAGUCGUCAUGGCACGGGUGCUGCAAAGACCUUCAUACCUCAGCCUGUUCCCAACACCGCAGCUCAGACAAGCGUCACUGUGCUGCAUGGUGUUGUUUAGGUUUGGAGUGAACUUUUCCUACUAUGGCCUGAUUCUGGAUGUGUCUGGACUGGGGCUGAACAUCUACCAGGCACAGCUGCUGCUAGUUAUGGAGCUGCCCUCCAACAUCACAGUCUACUUCCUUGUGCGUCACGUGGGGGCUGGAAUGCUGCUGGGUGCUGCUCUGACCUUUGGCAUCGGCAUGCUGGUAUCUUUAGAGACCAAGUCCUGGGUCACUACUCUGGUGGUGUUGGGCAAAGGGUUUUCUGAAGCUGCCUUCACUACGGCCUACCUGUUCACCUCAGAGUUGUACCCUACUGUGUGCUCAGGUGGAGGAUUGGGGCUCACCGCUCUCAUCGGCCUAGGGGCCUCUUUGGCCCCACUGGCAACCCUGCUGGAUGGAAUAUGGCCGACGCUGCCCAAACUUGUGUAUAGGGGAAUUGCCCUGCUGGCUGCCUGCACGGUACUCCUGCUGCCUGAGACAGAGGUGGCGCAGCUGCCGACCAUCCAGGGUGUGGGAAGAAACAGUACUCAGGAAGAAGAUAUGCAGGUCCAGAACUGA